AUGGGUAUCUCACGUGAUUCAUGGCAUAAACAUUACAAGACUGGUGCCACACGCCCAGUUCCACACAAGAAGAGAAAGUACGAACUCGGUCGCCAACCUGCUGCAACCAAGAUCGGAGCAAAAAGGAUCCGUGUUAUUCGUGUGCGAGGUGGAAACACAAAGAUUCGUGCGCUUCGUCUAGAUUCCGGUAAUUACUCGUGGGCUUCUGAAAAGACAACUCGCAAAACUCGUAUCAUCGAUACCGUUUACAAUUCCACAAACAACGAGUUGGUUCGUACAAAAACGCUCGUGAAAGGAACUGUUAUCACAAUUGAUGCGGCCCCCUUCCGUCAAUGGUAUGAAGCUCAUUACGCUUUGCCCCUUGCCAGGAAGAAGAAUCAGAAGCUUUCCGAGGAGGAUAACGCCAUCAUAAAUAAGAAGAGGUCUGCAAGCUGCCAAGCUAAAUACACGGAACGCCAAAAGAGUGCUGCUGUCGACCCUCUCCUCUUGGAGCAAUUCGCCACUGGACGACUCCUUGCUCGAAUUUCCUCAAGCCCCGGACAAGUCGGUCGUGCCGAUGGUUACAUUCUCGAGGGUAAAGAAUUGGAGUUCUACCUCCGUAAGAUCAAAGCAAAGAAGGCCAAGUAA